UUUGGAAAGGUUUUGAACAUUAACUGAAGUUUCGUCAGAUGAUCAAGUACGUAUAAAGAAAGAGAGAGAAAGAGAGAGAAAAAGAGGCACAGGUUAUCCAUCAUAUCUGUAAUCAUUUUAAGCUGUUUUGAUACCAUCAGGACCGUUUGAUAAAUCUUUCUCCUUUUUCUUCAUUGUUUUUACUUUGGAAAGCAAGUUGUUCAUGCCAUCUGGUCUGUUUAAUAAACUUUCCCAAUUGCUUCAUCGUCUAUACUUUGGAAAGUAAGUUCAUUUAAAUCGUAAACUGUGAUUUUUUCCGAGUGCUUUCACUUGCGGGAUUCAGAUUUUGCGUGUUUUCUUGUGACAAGACAAUAUAAGUUAUCCAAUUCUAAGAGAGAUGCUGGAAGGUGGCCAUUUCGCGCCUGUCUGUGACCUGGAAGAACCAACGCAUGAGGUCUGGGAUGACGAUAUCUGGGACAGGGAUACUUUUCAGUCCGGCGUCAAGAUAGACAGAGGUACCUCGAAUAUGAUGGUCCGACUUCCCAACGGCUUUCUGAAUCACAAGGAGGCGGUGGCCAAGAUCUUUAUCUUCGGGCGUAACGAACGAGAAGAAGAAAAAUUGGAAAUGGAAUUCAGACAAGAAACGAAGUUCCUGUCCAGUCUGAAACACGAUAAGAUCUUGCCAAUGAUCAGCUCGUAUUUCGAUGGUGUUGAUUGUUGUCUCUAUGAUGUGGUCAGUUUCUCCAGUCUCUUUGAUGAGGUCAGUUUCUCCUGUCUCUAUGGUGUGGUCAGUUUCUCCAGUCUCUUUGAUGAGGUCAGUUUCUCCUGUCUCUAUGGUGUGGUCAGUUUCUCCAGUCUCUUUGAUGUGGUCAGUUUCUCCAGUCUCUUUGAUGAGGUCAGUUUCUCCUGUCUCUAUGAUGUGGUCAGUUUCUCUCUCCUGUCUCUAUGA